AGUUCGUUUCUUGUAAACAAAGCGUUUAUUUUCUACAAGACUCAUGGAAAAGUUAAAGAGAUAUUAUGCAACAAUAUUUUCUGUUGCUUAUUCUUCGUGUGGCUACUAUCUUGCAGCUGCAAACAAUUAUGGAAAUAUAGCCAUUUUUAACUUAAGUUCCCUCUUGGAGAAUGAUGAAGAUGACAGUGUUGAUACGUCCCAAACAUAUCCUGUGUUUUCAUUUUCUGCACAUAAAGGUCCCAUUUACUCAUUGGUUUCUACAAAACAGCUAAUAAUAAGUGGAAGUGUGGGUGAAGUAAAAGCUUGGAAGUGGUCUGACGUCAAAAGAAGUGAAGGCAAGGCAAUAUGGACUCACAUUAUACCUCAAGGAGAAAAUUUGACAAAGCCUGAAGUUAAUUGUAUGGUUCUUGGUGAUAAAGAAGGAAAGACACUUUUAUAUAUCGGAUGUGGUGACAACAAAGUUUAUUGUUUGGAUAUUGAGACAAGAACAGUAAAAUUUGUUUUAGAAGGCCAUACAGGUUAUAUACAAUGUAUUGACUUAGGAAAUACUUCUCAAGAAUGCAUUACAGGAAGUGAAGAUGGUUCUGUACGGAUAUGGGAUUCUAGGAAAGGCGGUGAAGCAGUUAAUAUUCUAGAACCACACAAGCAUAAACUUGCAUCUAGACCUGAACUAGGAAAGUGGAUUGGAUGUUUGGCAUUUGAUUCAUCUGAUGAUUGGUUGGUUUGUGGAGGUGCACCUACUCUUUGUGUUUGGCACCUUCGUUCAUUAGCUCCCUCGACUCAGUUAUUAAAGCCCCGAGUUACAUCAAGUGUUGUUCAUUUUUAUGAUGACAUUAUCAUAUCAGGAGGGUCUGAACCUUGCAUUAAUCACUGGAGUUUGGAUGGUAAUCUACAAAUAGAAGUUCCAACUUCCGCUACGAAUAUAUACAGUAUUGGUAUAAAUUCAAGUCUUACACAACAGAUUCUCAGUGCUGCCGGAAGUAGCUGUAAAAUUGAUGUUUGUACAGACUUUAGAUAUAGAGACUUUUCGUUGAGCUUCUGUUGAUAUCUAGAUUUCCACAUUUAUCAUUUUUAUCAUGUUUCAAAUGUAUUUUCAUCAAAUGUUUGUUUACUGUGCAUAAGCAAAAUUUCAUCUUUGAAAUAAACAAAACUGUAUUUUAAGAAUUUGUUGUCUGGUAUU